AUGAUGAGCGGCGUGAGCAGCAUCGAGGCCGUCAAAAAGAAGAUCAAGGUCCUACAAGGACAAGCGGAAGAAGCCGAAGAGCGAGCCGAGACGCUGCAGUGCCAACUGGAGGCCGAGAAGCGGGCUCGCGAACAGGCGGAGGCGGAAGUGGCGUCGCUCAGUCGCAGUCUCCAGUUGACAGAAGACAAACUGGACCAGACGCACGAGAAGCUCACCUCCGCCACCGAUAAGUUGGACAAGCUGGAGAAGGUGGCCGACGAGAGCGAGAGGGGGAUUCGCGUCAUCGAGACGCGAGCCAUGAAGGACGAGGAGAAGAUGGAACUGUUGACCGUCGAGCUCAAGCAAGCUCAGAUCAUCGCCGAGGAAGCCGAUCGCAAAUACGAGGAAGUGGCCCGGAAAUUAGUGAUGGGGGAGCAGGAACUGGAGCGUGCCGAAGCCCGAGCGGAGCUCGCCGAGAGCAAAGGUCGCGAGCUGGAGGACGAGCUGAAGAGUCUGGUGGCCACGUCCAGGAGUUUGGAGUCUCAGGCCGAGAAGUUCUGCCAACAGGAGGAGCGCUCCGAGCUGGAGAUCGGUAGCCUCAGGAGCAAACUGACAGAGGCGGAGAACCGGGCGGAGUCCGCCGAGCGCCAGGUGGCCAAACUGGAGAAGUGCGUGGACGACCUGGAAGAAUCGCUGGCGGCGGCCAAAGCGGCCAACGCCGAGCUCCACGCCACGCUGGACCAGACCAUGGAGGAGCUCAACUCCUGCUGA